AAUGGCCGAUGUGCUUGAUAUCUACAACCACGAGGAGUUCGAGGUGGACGAAGAUGGCGACCAGGGCAUUGCCCGGCUGAAGGAGAAGGCCCGCAAACGGAAGGGACGCGGUUUCGGCAAUGAAAGCAUACCCCGCGAAACGAUCGACUACGAGCGGAUGCAGGACGAUGAAGAGGAAGCGGAACCAGGCCCACAGCGAUCGGUCGAAGGAUGGAUCCUGUUCGUGACGUCGAUUCACGAGGAAGCGCAGGAAGAUGACAUACAGGAGAAGUUCUGCGAGUUCGGUGACAUCAAGAACAUCCACCUGAAUCUGGACCGUCGGACCGGUUUCCUCAAGGGUUACGCAUUGGUCGAGUACGAGACGUACAAGCAGGCACUGGCAGCGAAGGAAGCACUAAACGGGUCCGAAGUGCUCGGACAGACGAUUGCCGUCGAUUGGUGCUUUGUGAAAGGGCCAAAGAAGCUUAAGAAAUCAUCCGACCGGCGCCGACGAUAGGAAAUAAGAAG